AUGAAUGUCAACAAGAGACUCGACCGCUUCAAGCAAUGGGCUGGGGAGAGAAUGGGUGGCGAGGUCAAGACUAAUGUCUCCGACGACUUCAAAGCUCUGGAAACGGAAAUGGGCGUCCGCCAUGAAGGUAUCGAUCGUAUCCACAAGUCUAUGACCGCCUAUGUCAAGUCCGUUUCGAAGCGUAGCGAAGGUGAUGACAAGGAAAAGACACUGCCUAUUGGCCACCUAGGUGGUACAAUGAUCACUCAUGGAGAGGAUUAUGAUGCCAAUUCUGAUUAUGGACGUUGUCUUACGACAUUCGGAAGAGCAGAGGAGCGUCUUGCUCGCAUUCAAGAGACAUAUAUUGCUCAGGCGACGUCGAGCUGGCUUGAGUCGCUGGAGCGAUCCAUGACCCAGUUGAAAGAGUACCAGUCAUCUCGCAAGAAGCUGGACAAUCGGCGCCUGGCGUACGAUGCAUCUCUCUCAAAGAUGCAGAAAGCGAAAAAGGAAGACUUCCGCGUGGAGGAGGAGUUAAGGACACAGAAGGUUAAAUACGAAGAAGCCACCGAUGAGGUACACCGCAGGAUGAUCGACAUUAAGAACACUGAGCCUGAGAAUGUUAUGGAUUUGGAAGCUUUCCUGGAUGCGCAGUUGGACUACCAUGAGCAGUGCAGGGAGGUCCUUCUUCGGUUGAAGAACGAGUGGCCCAAUGAGCAAGCUUUCAGUCAGCCCUCAAACGGCCACCGUGGGACGCGCUCUCCUUCAAACACUGUCCAUUCACAUCAUGACCGUUUCGGGCCUCUGCAUGAGGAACAUACAAAUAGUGUUGAGGCACGACCCGUGGUUCGAUCCAAUACACACAACUUCAUUGAAACACCAGUCAGAAAAGUCUACGCACAAGAUACAUCACCUCAUCGGCCGGUCUUGAACCGCACCCCUACAUUUGAAGGCCCGACGCAGUUGCGGCAGGUCCACGAGCACCCCGUUGCUACUCAAUGGGCAACUCGGGCAAACAGUGAGAAUUUUGUUUCAAGGAGGGACAGCAUGCAGAGCCGUCCAUUUAGUAGAGUGGUUCCAGAAGCCACGGAGGAUGCCGGAUAUCACAGUGGCAGUGUGUCUGAUCGCUCCGACACCAGCUGGAUAGAAUCUCGUCAAUCGCCAUUUGGCAACUCGGUGUCAAGACGAACCAGUUCGGGCACCUUGAGCGGUGUCACGCAAAAGAAAGCUCCUCCACCUCCACCACCCUCUCGCGCAAAGAAACCUGCGCCCCCACCGCCAAUGAAACGCCCUAUUCUCAGCGCAGCUCAAGUAUGA